AUGGCGGAAUGCGAUCGUCUUCUUCGUCCCCAGCGCCGCUCCUCCUCGCAGGCCUCGUCGUCGUCGCGCCACAGCCAGAAAGCUAAGGCCAUCCGAACGAAAGCCCAGAAACGCCACUCCGCGUCCAACGUGACCACGACCACGACAACGACCGAGUCCGAAACCGAUUUGACCUCCUUCCCGUCCCUGUCGCCCGACCGCUCGCCCAACGGAUUCUUCGGACAGCCCGCCUUGAACCGUGCGCUGACUAGCGCGUUACUGGACGGGACCGAGGAGAACGAGUCCGCUAUGGAUCGUAACCGGGACCGCAAAGCGGCGUUGGCUAAGCUGACCACUGCUGCCUCGCACAGUUCUGGCCGGGCGGCUUUGUUUGAGGAUUCCGUACCGAUUCGGGAUUUCCCUGGGGCACUGCAUUUGGCAGACGAUGCGCAUAUCGAGCGCUUGAUUGCGAGUAAUGGGGCCGUGAAGUUUGUCCGGCAGUUUGCGAGGGACCUGGCGCAGCGUGACGCGGAGAUCUCUGCGUUGCGCCAACGUGCUGACGCGAGGGAGCGGGAACUCAAGAGGAUGCUGCGUGAGGCGUCAGUGUCGAAUAAGGAUAUUGAGCGGCGGUUGUAUGCGCUGGAAAACUCGCAGAAAAAUAAUGAGCAGGAGAAUGAUCCGGAACAGACGGUGAAAGGCUAUGGGGUCGGGGGACUCGUGCAACAGGCAAUGAGUGAUGAAGUGGGGUCGCAGUUUCGUGACUCUGAUGGUGAUGACGAUGAUGAUCUAGAUACUGCCGUUCAGUCUACGAUCCGAAGGCCUUUUCGGUUAGAAGGCGACGCCAAAUCGGGGAUGUCUAGCGUGGGGUCCGAGAUUCAGAAUCGGAAACGGGGAGGCUCUCUGCGCAGCUGGCAGGAUUUCAUCUUCGGAAGCGCCACGAACAGCCGUAAGACUAGCCGCGCCAGCAGUAUCAUAUCCGAGCUUGGGGAAGACGAAGGGGGUGGCUCUCGACAAGUACCGACCGGGAACGUACCUAACCGACGGAAGCCGCUAGAUGAACAACUGUUUCAGCAGCCUAUUGAAGGACAGCCGGCAGACAACGCCAGCACGCACUCGCGGAAAUCUUCGCGAUCAACCUCGUCCUGGACGAUGAAGUUGUUCGCGGGUAACCAGAACCGGGAUGAGAGCCCUAUGGAUAGGAACCGUGGGAGAACUUCUUCGACGAACAGAGAGAGGAAUAGGGGUCCUCCACCACCUGUCACUAAACAUGGUAUGACGGCUGUUGCGGCGCUCAGGAGGAUAAACAGUAAUACAAGCAUUCAAGGGGCUCAGGGAAGGCCCAAUGGUUCAGGGACGGCACCCAGGUCUGGCCAGUUUGGCCGAAGACAACCGGCUUCAAGCAUCUCGCAGGGCACAGCGGCCGAUGCUUCGGCGAUGAACCCCACAAAUCUGGGACCGGUUGAGAUGGACGCUAUUCUUCCAAUGGAAUCCCGGCCUCCGACGCUGUCGCCUCUCUACAAUAAUUACCUUGGUGGAGAUCUUCUGACCGACCGCUUUGGCUUUAUUUAUGACCAGCGGCGGAAGAGACGGCAAAGAGAAGCCAGUGUACUCAAGAAUAACCGAUUGAGCAUUGCGGGAACAUUAGAUGCAUUACGCGAUGAUGCCGCCGGCCCUGAUGAACCUGUGAACGGACGGGCGCCUUCGGCUGCUGGCUCUCGUCGUUCUUCCGGGCCAGUUUCACCGACCGAAUCGGACGGCCCUCAGCGGUGGCAAGACUACUUGACAGUGCCGUCUGCGCCAACAGAGCUACUUUCGCAUACUCCUUCUGCUGGGCCUAUUAUCUCCCUGACGACCGCAGGCGAAGACGCGCCUCGGAAUAAUGGGGUUGUUGUUGACAAGCGUGGUUCGGUGUCUGUCAACCCUAAUGCUCAGCCGUCCGCAUCUACGUCUACAGUUGUUGCAGAUAGCCCGGAGUUUGCUGGAUCGUCGGCGGAUGAAAUAGCGGCAUUCGCAUCCGGAGGGGAGCAGGAGCCUGUCAAACUGCUUCUUGAACAGCUAACAGACCUCCACGACUGGCUGCAGCGGGAACGGACUGUCCGCUGGAACGAAUUCCUCCGCAAGGUACGUGCCGAGCGCCGUAAAGAAGGAGAGGCUGCUGCUGCGGCCGCUGCAGCGUCGGACCGUUCGGUCAAGGCUGUGGAUAUGCCGGAAGUAUCACUAGCGGAUGGCGAGAUGGUUGGAAUCUCUGGCUUAGGCAACAAAGGCAAGGUGGGUCGUGCGAAGUGGCGGGAGUUUCGAAAUCUUGUCCUCGGCGGGAUUCCUGUCGCGUUGCGGUCUAAAAUCUGGUCUGAGUGCAGCGGUGCUUCAUCUAUGCGAGUGCCCGGGUACUACGAUGAUCUCGUCAAAGGCAUUGGCGGCAGUGAACCCGAUCCUUCCGUGGUAGCUCAGAUUGACAUGGACAUCAACCGAACCCUAACAGACAACGUCUUCUUCCGCAAGGGUCCUGGAGUCACAAAACUCAAAGAAGUCCUUCUUGCCUACUCCCGCCGUAACCCGGAGGUUGGCUACUGCCAAGGCAUGAAUCUCAUUGCCGGCUCGCUGCUUCUCAUUACGCCCACCGCCGAGGAUACCUUCUGGUUGCUUGUCUCCAUGAUUGAAAAGAUCCUUCCAAAGCACUACUACGACCAUGGGCUUCUGGCGUCCCGUGCUGACCAGGUAGUUCUGCGCCAGUAUAUCUCGCAGGUUCUGCCAAAACUCUCCGCUCACCUGGAGAGUCUGGGUGUUGAACUUGAGGCGCUUACUUUUCAGUGGUUCCUCUCCGUAUUCACGGACUGCCUCUCCGCUGAAGCGCUCUACCGCGUUUGGGACGUCGUCCUUUGUCUCGACGUUGCAAGCAUCGUGAACAAGCCAGCCCCCUCUACAUCCACGCCAACUUCCAGCACAUCUCAAUCCGCUAAUCGCGACGGCUCGAGCACAUCGACACCCACACCUGCAGACAUGGAUCUAGGAAGCGGCAGCGGCAGCGGCAGCACAUUCCUUUUCCAAGUGGCGCUCGCCCUCCUCAAACUGAACGAGCACCAACUUCUAACGACCUGCUCCACUCCCGCAGAACUCUACACGUACAUCAACCAUUCGAUGACGAACCAUGCCAUUAGCAUUGAUGGAUUAAUUCAGGCGAGCGAGGCACUGAGAAAUGUGGUUAGGCCGGAGGAUGUUGUAGCAAGGAGAGCGGAGGCGCUGAAAGAAAUGUGA